GCUAGAGGCAGGGCAAAAAUCCAGUGACGCAAGCAGAAGGAGGAGCCCGCCGGUUGCAAGCACGUGACCGGAGCUGAAGCCGGAAGCUACCUAUCUGGUAGGGCGCUCCCCUAGCACCUAAGACUGCGAUGACUUCUGCACUGACCCAGGGGCUGGAGCGAAUCCCAGACCAGCUCGGCUACCUGGUGCUGAGUGAAGGUGCAGUGCUGGCGUCAUCUGGGGACCUUGAGAAUGACGAGCAGGCAGCCAGUGCCAUCUCUGAGCUGGUCAGCACGGCCUGCGGUUUCCGGCUGCACCAUGGAAUGAAUGUGCCCUUCAAGCGCCUGUCUGGUGUGUCUCUCCUCCAGUGGUCUUUGGAGAACACACGCUGCUGGUGACCGUGUCAGGACAGAGGGUGUUUGUGGUGAAGAGGCAGAACCGAGGUCGGGAGCCCAUUGACGUCUGAACUGCUGGAGGGCAAGGGUCGGAGAAACGGAUUGGGUCCUGGGCCUCUGUGAUGAGGCAGGCACAGCCAUUGGUCUUGGCUUGCUGCUAGAACUAGGGCCUUUGCUAGCCCACCUCCCACCCCUACCUGGAAGGGCCGAGGCUUGGGGACUCUGAGCUGUGUUAAGGAGAACAAGGGCAAGGAGACCUCCCUUUGUGCUCCCUCCCUUCCUCCCUAAUAAACACGAGUCUGAUGUUCUCCA